AUGUCUCUCAUGCAAAAGCCUUCCAAAAUCCGAGAGAAUGAUGAGGAAGACGAAACAGAUGAGGAAGAUGUUCAAAAUGUAGCACCAACUCAUUCCAAGAGUAGGAUCGGAAAAGAUCCUAUUCAACCCUCUAACUCUUCCGCUAAACCUACUCGACCAGAAACAACACCCCAUCAUCCAAUAUCAACCAUAACACCACAACAACAAACAACAACGAACAGCAACAUGACCAUCCAUCCACAUCACCACAUACGUGACAAACAUUCUAAUGAGCACUCCAAGUUAGAAAUGUACAAACAUAUUAAACCUUUGAGUGUCGAUGACUUGACAGGAGGAAGAGGAAAAAUAUCAUAUCCUUCUCUCGACCAAGUUCUUAAUUCAGAUGAUUGGUUAAGUGGAGACAAUGUUUGGAUGAGUUAUGUGUUACCUUCUGCACCUCCUAUGGAGAGCCAUGAAGAUCAAAUCUCUUUUCCAAACAUUCAUGAUCAAAUUUCAAAUAAUACCUUACAAUACAUUUUACCACCCAUCUUACAGCAUACCCAUCAUCAUAAUGAAGAAUUACCCUAUAAUUCAGAAGAAAUUCAAGAACAAGAACAACAAACAACUCCACCCAAACUACCACCCAUUGUCAUACACAAAAUUCAACCCGACGAUACUCUCACAUCCAUUGCUCUCAAAUAUGGCGUAACAGAAGAAGCCAUCAAACUGAAGAAUCGAAUAUUAUCCAGUGAUUUAAGUAUUUACAACAAAACAGAGCUUGAAAUACCUGAUCCCACUCAAUUACCGAAAGAACAUUUGAAACCAGAAGAAAUGACAGAGGAGGAACGCCAAAAGUUAGAAGAGAGGAAGAAGGCUUUUGCCUUAACACUUUUUAUGAAAUUAUGUUGUGUGUCGGAAGAUGAAGCACGAUAUUAUUUGUCUGUUCAUGAUUUUAAUUUUAAGGAAGCUGUCAAUGAAUUGAGGUCUGACUUGGAAUGGGAAAAAGAGUAUCAUGAGAAGCUUGAGAAAAAGAAGAGAAAGAAGCAAGUGAAUAAGAUGUUGAAUCAGUAUCCCAUUCUGUUGAGCAUUUCGAACUUGUUAUCCACAUGUUUUCCAAUUCAGAAAAGACCAGUGAAGAACAAUGUUAACUACCAAGACGUGGAAUUGGACAUGUUGCCGGAUGACAAUUUAAUAAACUAUGACAGUGAAUAG